AUGGACGCGCCAACCAAGCCGACGACGUCGUCGCUGUUCGAAGUGUACCUACGUCUACGACCGUCAUUCGCACCCAAUGCAGAGCGAUUCCUCGACGUCGACGCGGCAGACGAGAAAGCGGCGCCCACGCACAUCACAAUCCACCCGCCGGCCCACGACCAGCGCAGAAAGGCUGUCGAGACGUUCAAGUUCACAAGAGUCUUUGAAGAGGAGGCAACACAGCUCGACCUGUUCCAUGGCACUGGACUGGACUCGAUGAUGCAGGGCGUGCUAGGCGCCGAGGGCAGAGAGGGCCGCGAUGGUCUCUUUGCUACUCUCGGCGUCACUGGCUCGGGCAAGCGUGGCUUGACCCAACUCGCCCUCGACGUGCUCUACCAGAACCUCGGCGACCAGCUCAUCUCGACAAGACGCGACCAGCUCGCCCUACACUCAGUCUUUGCCUCCGACACAUCCGAGGCGCACAUGUCGGCAGCCAACCAAUACCUCGAGUCCAUCUACGGCGAAGCCCCGUCAGACACACGCGCUCACUCGAGAGCUCAGUCAAGAGCUGCAACUCCCCUCAUGGUACGACCAUCUUCUCCUUCAAAACAGGCCUUGUACCCCGAUCUCAACCAUCAAUCAUCCAUCUCCACCACUUCGUGUAUCGCCUGCUCUACAAAGAGCAACCAGCGCCAUUCCUGUGUGCAAAAGCCACAAUCUUCAUCCUUCUUCACUUUCCUCCAGCGCCCUGUGACGACAAAUCAAGCUAAGACGCAGUCGCAAAAGGACAUUUCCUUCGUUUCGAACCCCCGUCCCUCGUCCGCCAUGGCCCCCAAGCGCCACAUGCCCAGAGUCUCUAGCAUGCCCCAAUUCCCUAUCGUCCAAGGUACCGACCUCGACGUCGACCAGACCGCCGAGUUCGCCAUCGUCGUCAGCAUGUACGAAGUCUACAACGACCGCAUCUUCGACUUGCUCGCAGGUUCCGCCGCCUACCAACCCUCCAAGACGGCAACAGCCAAACGCAGACAUCUGCUAUACAAGAGUACCGAACAUAGUCCUGACCGCAAAGUCGUAGCCGGCCUGAGGAAGGUCGUGUGCGAGAACCUUGAUGAAGCUCUUCUUGUGCUCGAAACAGGUUUGACAGAGCGCAGAGUCGCCGGCACAGGCAGCAACGCCGUCAGCAGCAGAAGUCACGGCUUCUUUUGUGUUGAAGUCAAGAAGAGACUUGCAGGCGCUGCUACAUCAAACUGGUCGAGCAGCUCGUCAACUGACCAUUACANNGGCUCCGAACGUGCACGCGCCGCAAAGACAGCUGGAUCUACCCUCGCAGAAGCUGGCAAGAUCAACGAAUCACUCAUGUAUCUCGGGCAAUGCAUGCAGAUGCAGAGCGACAAUGCCGACCCUACAAAGUCAUCAAACAUCGUCCCUUUCCGUCAAUGCAAACUCACAGAACUGCUCUUCUCCAACUCUUUCCCUUCUUCAUCAUGCUCUCACCAUAUCCGCUCGCCCAAGCCGCCACAGAAGGGUAUCAUGAUCGUCACCGCAGACCCUCUAGGCGACUACAACGCUACCAGUCAAAUCCUCCGCUACUCUGCACUGGCCAGAGAAGUCACCGUUCCUCGCAUUCCCAGCUACACAAGCACAAUGGUCCCUCUCGCUCGUCCUGGGACUUCUGCUUCAGGCCGUCUGACUCCUUCCAAUCCUGCUGCCAGCGAUGCAGCUCUCGAAUCUGCCCUUGCCGAACUCGCUCUCCUACGUCAAGAUCUCGAACUCACACAAAUCCGUCUCGAGGAGGAAACACAACGGCGCAAGGAAGCAGAGUCUUCGUGGCUGACGGCAGAGAAUCGCCUCGAGUCUCUCGAGCUUGAACUGCGUGAUGAGAUUUGGGAAGAGUUCGAGUCGCAAAUGGAGUCGGAACGUCGUCGAUACCAUGCCGCUCGCGAAGCCGCACAAGAACACGUUGACCAGCACCUCGACAAGAAACUUGAGAUCCUCACUCGUGGCUUGAGUGAAGUCGAAGUCUGUGAGGAUGGAGAGGCAGAAGGCGAUGAGAAGAUUGCAGAACUGGAAGAGGAGAAUGAGAGACUCAGAGAAAAGAUACAGGCCUUUGAGCGUGAGAAGGAAAAUCAGAGCCCUGUUCGCAAGAUGAGAGUGCUCAAGCCCAGAAAGUGGGAAGGUAAAGAAGAAUUUGGCGUUGGAUUGUUCGGUGGAAGUCCUUGA